AUGAAGCCACUAACAGACGAGGAAAGAAAAACAGAAAAAAAUAAAUUUUGGACAACAUCAUAAGAUUCUAUCACAUAAACUCAAACCAAGGAAACAUAUAACUUUGGUAAUUUCUUAAAAUCAACUAAUUUUUACAUAGACAAAGUUUACAAUGAUGAAAUGACAACUGGCUAGAUAUUUGAUUCUGAGGCUAAGUAAUUAGUUCUCUCUUCUCUAGAUGGCUAUAACGUAACAAUCUUUGCAUAUGGUUAGACAGCAUCAGGCAAAACUUUCACCAUGAGAGGAAACAACUAGCAACAAGGCAUUAUUCCUCUCGCACUAUCCGAAAUAUUUUAAAAUCUAAAUGAGUAUCAUGGUGCCUCAUACACGCAAAAAGAUCCACAUUAUCACACAAAUGAUCCUAGGACCUGGAAUGUUAAGGUUUCAUAUCUUGAAAUUUACAAUGAAUGCGUAAAUGACUUAUUGGACCCUACAAGGAGAAAUUUGGAUGUCAGAGAAAGCAGACAAAGAGGAAUCUAUAUUGAUAGGCUUUCCGAAUUUGAAGUGUCUUCAUUAGAGGAAACAAUGAACUAUUUACUAAGAGGUGAUGAAUAAAGAGCUAUAGCUGAGACUAAAUUGAAUGAAAAGAGUUCUAGGUCCCACACUGUUUUCUAAAUUGAUAUUACAAUGAGAGAGAAAAAUUUCGAAACUGGGAAAAUGCUUAUAAGAACCUCAAGGAUAAAUCUUGUAGAUUUAGCUGGAUCCGAGGGAGUAAAUAAAACAAAGUCUGAAGGAGUAAGAUUUAGAGAGGGUACCAAUAUAAACAAAAGUUUACUAGCAUUAUCAACUGUAAUAUAUAGACUGAGUCAAAAAUACUAAUAAACUGCUAAGAACUAUUUCAUCAAUUUUAGAGAUUCAAAGCUGACAAGAAUUCUAUAACAGCCUCUUUCUGGUAAUUCGUAAACAGCCAUCAUCUGCACUAUGUCUCAGAUUCAUUCCAACUAUGCAGAAUCUAGAGAGACUCUUAAUUUUGGUGCUAGGGCUAAGAAUAUCAAAACAUAUGUUAAUGUUAAUGAGGUACUGAAAGAAUCUGCUGAGGAAUUAGUUACAAAACUUUAGUAAGUUACUAAGGAAAAUGAAGACUUAAGGAAGAAGUUGAAAAUAUAAGAAGAUUUUGAGAAAACUCUUGAAAAUAAUUAAGAAGAUUUUAGUUCAUUAGGCUAUUUGAAAUCGUAUCAAGACUAUAUGAUAAAGUUGUUAGAUGAAAAGAGCGAUAUCAUUUUAGAAUUGGAGAAGCAGGUGUAAAAGUUGUAAGACCAGAAUGACGAAAAUGCAUAGAAAAUGGAAACGCUAGAAUAAGAAAAUAUAAAAAUUAAUGAGAAACAUCUUAAACUUAUAGAAUUUAAUGAAGAAAAUUUGCUUUUCAACGAACACUUAAUGAAUAGGAGAAUUGAACUUGAGUAAUAGGUAAUUGACCUAAAAGCAAAUAUGAGAAUCAAUGAAAUCUAGCAGUAGGUACAGAGAUUUUCCUUAGAUAAUACAAUGAAUAACCUCUAUGAUGUUAAUCAAGGAGAUAAUCAAGGUAUAUCUGAAUCAUAUAUUCUUUCUAAUAAGAAAUCUCCAAUUUUCGCUGAUCCCAAUUAAGAUAUGUAGUAAGAUGUACUUUAUCUAAUGCAGGAGAAUGAAAAGCUUAAGUCAACCAUCUAAUUUUUAAAAGAUUCAUAAGAGGAGCUUGAUUUGCAAUAUCAGCAGACUCACUAACUCCUUCUAAGUUAUAAGGAUUAGCUACAGACUGAGAAAGAUAACAACCUAAGGCUGAUGCAAAACUAUAGGGGACUAAGACUAGAAACUAAAAAGAAGGAUAAGUAUAUCAGCUAAAAAAAUUUCAUAAUUUAAGGAAUGUGCCAGAAGAUGGACUUGCUGGAGAAAUCGAAUAAUUGUCUUUUCAAAGAAUUAGACAACACUAUUUCAGGAGUUAGUUUGAUUGAAAAUGAUACUUAGAAUGAAAUAAAUAUGGAAAACUUGAACAUCGAUGAAAACAGAGAAACAAAAGAGCCGAAAUCAGGUCUGAAGAAUAAGACAUAGUUUAUGGCUUAAAGUUUAAAAACUUAGAUUAUGGAGCUAACCACUAAAGUGGAAAUUUUGCAAAAUGAAAAAAUGAAUCUAUAGACUGAGGUAGAUACACUAACAGCUGAUCUUGAAGAGGCAGAGAAGAAUAUCUAUGAGCUUACAAUGAACAUCAAGAAUAUGCAUUAUGAUAUUGAGGAAAUAGAGGAUAUUAAUGAGGAGCUUCAAAAUGAUAAAGAUAGUAUUGAGCAACGAUAUAUGGAGAGAUUCAAACAAAUGGAGGAGGAGACUCAUCUAGCGAAUGAGGAAAAUAACACUUUGAAGCAUAAGAACAUAACUCAGAGCAGACUAAUAUCUGAUCUUUAAACUGAAAUUGUGGAAAAAGAUAGGUUGGAAAAUGAUGCUAAAAGAUUUAAAUUGAACUCAGAUACCUCAAACAACGGAUAAUCUUUCUUGAGUAGCGUUAUUGGAGAAAAAGCAAAAUAUAACAACGAAUUCUCUAAAGGUGUUCAUGAUGAACUGCAAGAAAAUUAAGGCUUAUUUGCAAGAUUAAAGAAUCAUUUAUUUAGCAAAAAGGUUCCAAUAAAGAACCAAGAUUUAAAUAUCCUUAGCUUAAACAAAGAGAAUCUAAAUGUUAAUGCGUCAAAAAAGAAUUAGGAAGCUAGUAUUGACAUCAUUAGAAGAAUGAAACAAAACUCCAAGUUAUAGGGGGAGGGAAAUUUUAUUAAGAGUACAAAUAGUAGCAAUCUUGAUGAGUCUUAGAAAAGAAAUAACACUAGCAAUAAGCCUACUUGGAGAUUUUGA